AUGUCGAUGGAGGAUCGCUAUUCGCCGGUCGACGAACUGAGCCGAGGAGCUUCCGCCGCCGGAACCCUUGAUGGUGGGUCUACCGCGAUGGUUGAUCUUCCCUCCGCCGUUGCCUCGGUAGCCGCGCCCCUUUCUUUGCUUACUCCUGGAGAGAGGCCUCUGGGACCUGCCGCGCCACCAUCCUCUGUCGCACUUGGGAAAAAACCGGCAGCGUCCACCGAGGGUGCGACCCCUGUUACACAAGGAUUGAGGGCCUUGGCGGAUGCGGUUAGGCCGAAGAAGAAAAGGGGAGUGGUGAAGGCGAACGAUCCACGGGGAGUGGGUCCCUCGACAAAUGCAGCAGCAGCCAAGCCCGCCUCCCCUGGUGCGGUUUCCCGUGGUGCGGGUAAGAGGCCAGUGGAAACCUCUGUACCCGUCAGUGUUGCCAAGCGGUCGAGGAUAGGUUCUCUGCGUUCGAAGGCAGGUGAUCGAGGCAAGGCUGCUGCUCCUUUAGUGAAGGAGAAUUAG